AGCACAUACAUUAAACUAUCAAUUUAUACCGCGACCGUUAAAUCCGUUGGCCAAUUAUCCAACCGAAAAACUCUCGGGGAGGUAGUGCUAGGCAGAGAGAGGAUACUGAAUCGUGGCGUUAUCCCGGUCCAAAAUGCAAUUUCCGGUGUACGCCAGUCAACAUUCCCCGGAGCGAGAAGAACAAGAACUAGACAAAUAAGAUAACAACAACGACAAGGAAAACACACAUGGGGUUUUGAAGAAACAUCUGACAAAGCAUUUUCCGAAAGAUGUACAAAGAACCAGAAGCAUCAAAAGUCCGUCCCUCUCCCCGCUGGACCUGUUUAACUGGAAGUCCCGCGCUCUCUGGGAUUGGGAACGACGUCGAGCUUCUGCAGCCGUACUGCUCUGGAACGCGCCCCGCUCUCAGCCCCAUGUCCCUGGUACCGCUCUUGAACGCGCCCCGCUCUCUCCCGAUGUCCCGGGAAAAGCGUUGGUAGGACCGGAGCGCCACGAGUUUGUGAACGGCGCUGAACUGCAAAAACAACUGGACGUCGAAGCGGGGAGACGCCAUGGAGGACGAAGGCACGGAGCAAUUGUGGAGCGACUCGGACGAAUCGGAGAAGAAAGAUGACAAGUUCACUAAAGUCAAAUGGACACAUGAAGAGGAUCAGAAUCUUAAAACGUUAGUGAGCAACUUUGGAAAGAACUGGAAAGCCAUCUCCUCCUUCUUACCAGGGCGGAGCGAGGGCCAGUGCCUGCAUCGCUGGAAGAAGCACGUGGACCCCGUUCUGAUCAAGGGCUGCUGGACCAAAGACGAGGACGAGCUGGUGAUGGACCUGGUGGGGAAGUACGGCACCAAGAAGUGGAGCAUGAUCGCCAAGAAGCUGAAGGGGCGGCUGGGCAAGCAGUGCCGCGAGCGCUGGCACAACCACCUCAACCCCCAGGUCAAGAAGAGCUCCUGGACCAAAGAGGAAGACCUCAUCAUCUACAAGGCCCGCACGCUGCUAGGGAACCGCUGGGCCGAGAUCGCCAAGCUGCUGCCCGGGAGGACGGACAACGCCAUCAAGAACCACUGGAACUCCACCAUCCGGCGCAAGGCGGAGAUGGGCCUCUUCACCGAGGACGGCGACAGAAGCCUACUGGACCCCGAGCAGUUGGAGCAGAGCGAGGCGGACUUCAGGUUCGACGUAGUCCUGGAUUCUGAGCCUGUGUCUCCUGAAACGGUCCAGCCGGAGAAGGGCAAGGCGAAGAAGCCCCCCAGGCCCAUGGAGAAGACCGUGGCGGUCCCCCCCCCUCCUCCGCCGACCGUGGAGUCGAGGACGUCCCCGACCCCCGACCCCAGAGCCAGGGCGAAGGCCCGUCCCGAGCCGCCCUCCACCUUCAGCAAGCGCCUGGUGGCCGCCGCCCUGAGGAUGAUCGCUGAGGACAUGCUGCCGCUCAGCUUCGUGGAGGGCGCGGGGUUCCGCUCCUUCAUGACCACCGUCGCCCCCCACUACCUGCGUCUGUCCCAGCGCGCCGUGGGCCUGCAGCUCUACGAGGACGUCGAGCGCAAGAUCAAGCCCCAGCUCAUCCGCGACCUCCAGGCCCGGCUCGCCGGCGGCGAGGACGGCGACCGCAGGGGCGCCAUCCACGUGACCUUCGACCUCUGGGCGGGGAGAUCGCCCUCGCCCUCGCGCGCCUCCUCGCCGCCCUCGCCCCCCUCGCCCUCGCCCCCCUCCUCCUCCUCCUCCUCCUCCACCCCCCCCACCGGGGAGGAGCCCGUGGUGGUGGUGGCGGUGCAGCUGCACUUCGUGGACAGCGGCUGGCGGCUGCGGCGCUCCACCGUGGCGUUCCGCCAGCUGGCCGGAGGCGGGCGCCUGGCGGCCGCGCUGGGCCAGGAGCUGGAGGAGGUGCUGCUGGGGUACGGCCUCUUCCCGCACGCCGUGGGCUACGUGGUGGCCAGCCGCGCCAAGGAGGCGCUGGAGGCCAACGCCGUGUUCGGGGACUACAAGGUCAUGUGCUCGUCGCCGCGCGGGGACCCCGACGCCGACGACCUGGCGGCGUUCCUGGGGGACCGGCCGGCCGAGGGGGACCCCUCCCCGUUCUCGGAGCUCCAGACGGGGACGGCGGCGGCCUGCGUGGCGGCCACGCUCCAGCUGGUGAUCCGGGAGGCGCUGAAGAACUCCCGCGUGGUGGAGAACGUGCUGACCCAGCUGCGCUGCGUGGUGGCCUUCUUCAGGACCAGCGGCUACUGGAACGAGGUGCUGCUGAAGGAGUGCUUCUUCUCCCUGUCCCCCCCCGGCCACAUGGGCCGCUGGAACUCCCUGAUGGCGUCCAUGCGGCGCCUGGUGGACCCCGCCUCCUGGAGCUCCAUCAUGACCCUGCUGGCCCAGGCCCGCAUCGAGGCGCAGGACUCCACCAGCGCCCCGCCCCUGGUCCGCGCCCGGCGGGAGCAGCUGGUGGACAUCCUGGGCCUGCUGCAGCCCUUCGAGGACGCCAUCCAGGUCCUCCAGAAGCCGGGGGUCACCCUCUCCUUCGUCAUCCCCUCGCUGAUGGGCCUGGACACGGUGCUGGCGGGCCGGCCCACCAGCUACACCCACUUCUCCAAGGCGCUGCGGGCCGGCCUCCAGAGCCACCUGCAGCCGCUCAUCCUCCAGAGAGACCUCAUCCUGGCCACCGUGCUCGACCCCCGCAUCAAGCUGCAGCCGUUCCCCGACACCAAGCAGGAGAGCGAGGAGUCGUUCCUGACCGUCCCGUCCAAAUCCCGGAUCCAGUCCAUGCUGGAGACGUUGCUGGAGGACACGGAGGCCUCGGCCUCUCCCGCGACCGGCCCCCAGGAGGAGGAAGAGGAGGAGGAGGAGGAGGAGGAGGAGGAGAAGCCCUCCCCGUCGGCGCCCGCCCCCCCCGGGGCGCCGACGCUCUCGGAGCUGGAGGGCUACCUGUCGGAGCCGCUGCUGGAGGGCGACGCCCCCUUGCUGUUCUGGAAGGCGGCCCGCCGGUUCCCCAAGCUCCAGAGCAUGGCCCGCCGGCUGCUGGCCAUCCCGGCCACGUCGGGGGGGUUCCCGCGCCUCUACCCCAUGGCGGCCAGCAUCGUGAAGGCCAAGCGGAGCCGCCUGCCCCCCCACACCACGGAGAGGCUCCUCCUCUUCCGGGAGUCCGUCCGGUGGAAGCAGGGGCCGCCGACGGGCCGGAAGGUACCGGCGGCGGCGGUGGCGGCGCCGAGGCGAGACUCUGGUUCCUAUUAUUGUAAAGUGCAAAGACGCAUGGUAAGGAAGACCUCCGAGUGACCACGGCCGCGCUGGGGGGGGCUUCGCCCGGAGCGGUGGUACUUUUUUAGCUGCAUACACAUUAGAGACGUUUACCUUCUGGGUACCGCUUGUGUUGCUCGAUUUUCCCCUCUUUUGCAUUUUUUUAUUUUAUUCACAACCAAUCAAAAGCUUCUAUGAUGUUGAUUAUGGAUGUGAGGAACCGACCCAGGAACCGUGACAGAGAAAAGGGUUCCAGGCCCCCCUUCCUCUCUUUAAGUAGAUCCUCCGCGAAUCGCGGCCUGGAAUCUUCUCCAACCGGACCUCAUUGAACUGCCCGGCCUUUGUCUCUCUUCGGAGCUGUGUCGUACUACAGGUGGCUGUCCCGGUCAGCUCAGCCAAUUUGUUUUUUGUUUGUUUACACAGUUGCUAAAUGCUAGUAGGAAGAGGGGCCAGUGGUGGCCUGUCACAGUGUGUUGAACCACACUCAACAGGCAUCAUAAUCAUGAGGAAAAGGAUCCUGUGCUACUGAAGUAAAAUGAUGGUUUCUCUGUUUUCUGCCUUUUUACGUCGAAUGUAUAGUCGUUCUAUUCGAGGGCGAUGUGGUGGAUAAUUAAUGAAUUCUGAAAUACACAAUACCUCCAAUGGUGUCUGAAGGCCCCUUCGAUGGAUGGCCAAAUGAUUGGUUCCCAGCCUUCUUGUGUGCGAGUGUUGAAAGGUCCUGGUGUAAUCUGUGGAUCAGAAGGUCCCUGUAUAAAGUGGUUUCAUAAGUAGAGUAUGAGGUAGUUCAAACAAUGGCCCUUCCUGAAAGAUUAUUUAAUUGAGCAGCAGUUGACUCAAUUUUGUUUUCUUUUUCGUUUGUACAUUAUAUAAAUCCACCAAAAUGGAUGUGCAUUUUAUACAAAUCCAACUCCAGCUGAUAUGCAGUUUUUCUGAGUUACAUUUCUAAAAUAAUUUGAUUACAAUUGGCAAAACUAUUUUUGUUGAGUGUAUUUUGUGAUAAGAAAGCAAGGGUUGUUGCUGAAUGUAUAGAUGACAAAUAAAAUAUUUUACAAUUCAUCUA